AUGCUCCAAGCCUUCAGGUUGCUUCUGAUGUCUCAUUUUCUCUUCAGUCUAGUGACAGCCAGCGAUGAAGUUCUUUCCAUUCUUCCUUCAAUUUCAACGGACCUUAUUUGAGGCCAUAAAUUGGGAAACGUACAAGCCGACAGGGUCUCUGAGAGAAAAGAGUUCAGCCGAAGUUCCCUGGGAGCCGCUCCGUUUCGAUUUUGCUUUUGAACCGGAAUAUUUCGAGUUUUUGAGGAUUCGGUGGAAAUAAUAUCAGAGUUUUGAAGCAUGCCGGAAGAUGAGAAACGUGGAGUGAUGGACUCCGUGGUGGUAGCAAUUAAAUCGUACGAGGGUGUCAAAGUUCAGCGUGAUCCGAAGGGGAUUCUUUUGCCACGAAUGUUAGUUCACAACAAAAUAAGUUUGCAAAAAUAAAUUUUGGAGGGAGUUUUUUUUGACAGCCCCAAGAGUGUCCCCAAACGCACUACUAAGACUCAAGAGCAAGACCUAAAAAAAUAACCAAAAAUUGUGACAGCAAGCAGAAGAAUUGUUCAAGAAAGAAUAGUCUUGAAAAUUAUUUGCUUCAUAGAUCCUUUUUUUUUUAAAUUAUCUCAACCAAACUUUCUAACUAGGGAAUGUUUUUUAGCCGUGUACUUUAGGACCUUCUUAUUGCAAAACAAGAAGAAAAAUUCUCGCAAUAGAUCUCAUUAUCACUAAGAAUAACUGACGAGAUAAAAGCGAGGUCGGUGGCGGUACAUUGACGAACUCGCAAACAUGUCGCUUUUUUCUAGGCGCGACCUCGCAUUUAUCUUGCAUUUCGGAAAUUUUCAAAAUGCGAGAGAAAUGCGAGCUGGCGCCCAGAAAAAUGCGAGACCGGCGCGAGAAAAAAAGCGAGAUGUUUGCGAGCUCGUCAAUGUACCGCCAGCGUCUCGCGUUUAUCUCGGCAGUUAUUCUUAGUGAUUGAGUUGAACCGCUUCAAAAGCUCAAAAUAGCGCUUUCUAGUAAUAAUUUGCGUACUUUGAGGACUUUGAAGCUUCAUAACUCGAAAAGGUGAUCUAUUUCGGAAAGUUUUCUUCUUGUUCUUUAAUCAGGAGACCCUGAAGAACACUUCAGCAAAGUUUCAUGAAAAGUAGGGACCAAGAAACGUUUCCCAGUAAGUUCCAAGUGGUUAUUUUCCAUGCUCAAAAAUCAUAAAAUCCAAUUUCAGCAACGGUCAAAGGGCGAUCUGCGACGAUAAAACAAUCUUUACAGAAGAUAAAAAUUACUUCAAGGUGAAAUCAAAAUAUUUUUGAAUAAAUAUGAAAAACUUCAGUGCGAUGGCGAGAAAGGCUGCAACGAGGAACCACUCCUAAGGGUAUAAAACUUGGAAACUUUUUUUUUUAAUUUUUCGUAACUUUCAGGCGGAUUACGUCUUUCACAUCAAAGUCCGAGAUCUUCCAGAAAAAAUUCGGGCCAAGUGUAGGCCUUGCACCUAUGAUAUCAAUACCAAUAGGUUUCUCUUCAAAUAUGGGUAAAGAUAAAAUCGACUUUUCAGACCAACCUCCGGACAUAUCACUAUUGGACGUGCUGCUUUGCGCCAAGGGCUACAAACACAAUUACACGGGGUUUGUCAAAUACAGUUUACGUCGCGGGAUGGCCGGAUUUGGAAUGGCUGAACGGUUUUCAUAGGCAAAGUCGGAAGGACUCUUUGGCCGUCCGUUAUGGAUGCAAAAGUUUCUAUUAAUUCGUCCUAAACGGUUGGCAAUUUUACUGCCUUUUUCCGUCCUGUCGUCGUCAUUAAUCCACCCUUUUUGGACCCUUUUCAGAAAUACAAAAUUUUUCAAAUUGAGAAUAAUCUUUACCAGUGACUGUGUAUGAAACAAAAUGUGCUACAGUAAAAAAAAAAUAGGAAAUCAUCAAUGGCCGAGUCUUUCAGCACCCUUUUUGCAUCCCUUCUGAGGCUUUUCAGCCCACCAAUAAUGAAAGGGUCAGUAAAGGCCGCGAAACCCUUUUGUGGCCAUUUUGCACCCGUUUUCCACACUUCCGACUUUGGCAAUGUUUGUGGUCUGGCGCACAGUUGAGCCAUUCUAAUGGCGAUAGAAGGUUUUCACCACAAAAUUUCCGAAUCAUGGCUGAAAAUUUUUUUAUCUUUGCAUAUUUUUUCGACAUGAUCUUUUAUAAAUACAGCAUGAUCUUCACCAAAUUAAAUUGAAAUAGAAAGUUCUCCGGUGAGUUUACACAAAUUUAUAUUUCGAGCACUAGAGUCUUUACUACUAGAUUUUUUUAUUUUCUAUAUUAACCAUUUUUUUGAGACCUUUUAGGGCAUGGAAGCGAUGUACGACACACUUCGGCAUGAGAUGAGCCACGGAUUAUACAUGAAGUCGGAACUUUUCCCAUUGUAUCCAGAUUACGAGUAACUAAUUUUGAAACCUAUUUUCUUGAAAUUUUCGAAGACAUUCAAAGAAAAGCUUGAAAUUUUCAGGAAAAAUCACAUCACAUCGACUCGUUUCGAAGUUUACCCAGAGAUAAAAACGAAUAACACGAAUAACGAGCUAUUUUUCGGAAUUUCAUUUCCAAAAUCUCUCGAGGCGGCUCGGCACUACUACCACUGUCCCGACCUAAAAUAUAUCGAGCUGGAAAACGAUAAAAAACGCGUCACGGGUCAUUAUGAAGCCGAUUUUUUGCCGGUUGGUUUUCGGCAAAGAAGGCUUCUACAAAAAUGUAGUCAAUUUUUCCCGACUUGAAAGGCGAGGGAGGCAGAGAAGUGGGCGGGACGCGUUGCGUGUGCGCUCGCGGUUCUUGGCACGAGUUCAAUUCAAGCGUCACCAACGAUUUGAGAAGCUCGGUCACCGCUCUUUUUAUCUAUUCUACUAAUUUUUGAAUGCAGAAAUGAAAAAGCCAAUAGAUAACCAAAAAAAGAAAUGAAAAAGAGCAAUAAUGGAGCCUCAAACGAUCAAUGGCGGUUAAAGCGAAUUCGUGCCAAGAACCGCGAACGCACACGUGGCCGCCUUUCAGGUCGGGAAAAAAUGACUACAAAAAAUCCGCUGAAAUUUCAAUUUUUACAGUACGAAUACAUGAAACCGUUUCCCGGCGAAGAUAGUCGUUUUUUAACGAAAAUUUCCUUGGCUUUGAUGGAAGAUUCUGGAUGGUACAAGGUGGACUAUUCGUGGGUUUCAAUUCAACUUUUUGAUAAGUAUUAUAAAAGCUCUACACUAGAGAUCAUUAGCAGCCUGAAGAGACGCCAGAGACACGGAGAAUCUUUGAUUCUCUGGAGUCUCUUGGUCUCUCGUUGCCUCGGACAGUCUGUUUGAUCAUUCAGAAAAGCCGAACCCUAUCCUCCAUUAUUCGAAGACAAAAAUCCUUGUUUCGUCGCCAAGUCGUGCCGUUUCGCAGAAUAUAAGGGAAACAACUCGUAAAUUCGAACUUCUAGGAGAUUAAAAAAGAAGAACACUUCCAGGAGUUUCUUCACAAAAUGUCAUCCGGGCCGAAAAUCUCACUACGGGCCAUUGGGAUACAAAAAAGCGCACUACAGCAAGUGCAGAAUGCCCUGGGUUUGUCAACAGAAAUGGAGUUCUGAUGGGAAUUUGAAUCAUUCAGAUUACAACGUGCCGAAAGUACCCGAGAAAUGAGGUGAAAAAAACGAAUUUUUUUCCUAUUAAAAAAACUUGUAUAUAAAUUUAUCAGAUAAUCAAUCGAAAAAAUCUAAGCUAUUUUUUUCUCCUAAAAAAAUACAGUUUCAAGGACUACCGGUGCUUGGAACACGACGGCCUUUUCAACAUUCAGUUGAUUGGAGACUCUGGGGUUACUACCAUGAAAGAACCGGUAACUGCGCCACAGUGUUACGAGGUUUACUAAGAGUAGGUAGGACAAUUGAUCAACUACAUUUUGUUCCAGAUAAAGUGCAACGGGGGCAAAGUUGCUUUUGUUUCUGAAGGGAAAAACUACUUUUGUGACUAUCCCGGACAACGAAUCAAGCUUUUUGAAGUGAGCUUUUUUUCUCGAAAAGUCUUUUAAUAGAAGACCCAAGAGACAGGAUCUCCAGAGGGGUCCCUAUAAGGGCAGGGUCCCCUCUAGUGAUCACUGAACCUAGUAGAAGUGGUUUUAGUUAGUGGCCCCUAUUGGGGACAUGCUAGGAGAUUUUUUCCCUAAACCCUAUAGGGACCACUCUGAGACUGCUCAGGUCCCUGAAAGUCUUGACAAUCCCGAAUUCUCUUUUAAAGCUAAGAUAUUCUGACUAGGGAACUACAAGCCACCACAGUUUCAACUCGAAACGCGUACCCGAGUCCGAGUAGUUCCCUAGUGAGAACUCAUAAAGCUCCAGAAUUAUUUCCAGACUUUCCAAAACGGUCAUCAUUACCACACGCUGGCCGCUCACAACGCCACCCGGUUCUCAAAAAUAAAUGUGAGAUUUCCGUAUUUGUGUAUUUUUGCAUUCUAUCCUUUUCAGGGUGAUUCGCCUUACUCGGUCGAGAGGACUGUAAUUUGUCCUGAAUAUUGCGAGGUGUGCGACGAAAAAGAUUCAAUAACUUGUCCUCCCAAAGUGGUUUCUGCAGCCGUUUGA